AUGCAGGCGGUGAGGAGGGCCAAGAAGCUCUACGUCUCCUCAUGUCUCGCCACGUCAGGGCACAGAUACUUCGCGCACAUGUCGUUCAAGACGACCAAGCUCUUCGAGCUGUUGCUUGCCAUGACGGUCCAGGUAUCGGCAUCGAACGAGAACAUCGUCUACUGGAUCAACUUCCACGAGUUUCACCAUCAAGCCUGCGAGACUGAGGAUGACAUUCACACGCCCUGGAGGAUGGGGUUCUGGGCUGUGCAGCUUCAGGAUUCCAGUGCAAAUCUUGUCACCACUCAAGAGUUGGAAAUCAAGGCGUGCGAGCAUCUCUUCUGGUUGCUAUGCGGCAAGGAUGUGUUCUUCUGGGGUUGCCUCGUGCCAAAUGUUCUGCAUUUCCAUGCAAUCAGGUUGACCAAUUCUGCUGCCCACCUUUGGGGUUAUCGACCAUAUGUCGCUCAAUUCCAAAGUGAAUGCAAGGCUACUAACAACUGGUGGGUUGCGAUCUUCAACGGCGGCGAGGGAUGGCACAACAAUCAUCACGCCUUCAUGGGAAGCGCCAAGCAUGGUUUCAUGUGGUGGGAGUUCGACUGGGUGUACUUUGGUCUUCUCAUCCUCGGCAAACUCGGAGUCGUGUGGGACAUCAAGGUUCCAACCCAAGAAGUUCUGGAAGCUAGAUACAAGGGGAGCUCCAAGCGAGACCUUGGAAUCAAACGGUUGUACCGCUUGGAGUGUGAGUCAGCCGAAUCGAAGCGAAAGUUGACGGCACAGCCGGCAGCAUGGCUUCUAUGA